UGCAUCUUUUGUCAUACUUGUCGUUGGUGUUUUGUUAUCCUUUUAUUGUAAACAAACCCUUUUAUCCUCAACCUCCAUCAAUUCAUUCAGUUGCUUUUACCCAGCCGUAAUAUUCUUUCGCCCCACAGUCAAAGCCCAGAGCAUCAUUGCAUCAUUGUCCUUGCAGCUUUCAUCAGGUAGCUAUGGCAGCAAACAGAGACUUGCCUGAUAUAACUGUUGCAGUUGACUAUGGCACCACAUUCACUGGAGUCGGAUGGCAGCAUGUGAAGGAGCCAGAUUCCAGCCGCCAAAUCAUCAGUGACUGGCCCGGGUACAGCGAAAGAACAGACCUGAAAGUUCCAUCUGUUCUCUCCAAGAAACUUUUCAAACAGCCUAACGGUCAGGGCGUACGCAAGUGGGGUUUCCAAUGCGAGGACUCUGCCGGGACUGCGGAAGAGGAUAUGAGUGAGAACGACAAAUGGAGAUACCUCAAAAUUUGCCUCGACUCCGACUACCACAAGGAGACCAUUGGGCAAAAUUUCUCAUGGGCUCCUGCAACUAUGAAGGAAGUUCACCUCCUCGUUUGCGACUACUUGAGCCAUGUUUAUUGUCACGUGAAGAAAAGUAUCUCUGACGCGCUCCGCUUGGACAAUGCGAAGGAUUGGGAUAAUCUCUCAGUUGAGUUCGUCUUCAGCGUGCCAACAACCUGGGAAGGGGUUGGAGGGCAAGAGAUUUUGGAUGACUUUCUGAAGAUCGUCAAAGAUGCUGGGUUUGGGUCGGCUCAAAGGCAUAGGGUAAUGUUGGGUUUGACGGAAGCCGAGGCAUCCGCAGUGGCAACACUCGGCAACACUGGUUCGCCGCUGCUGCAUUUCAAAAACGGGGACACUCUUCUAUCCAUUGACGCUGGGGGCGGCACCACUGACCUUGCGCUUGUCAGGGCUACUAAGACGAAACCACCGGUCAUGGAACAGAUCCAAUCUGUGACAGGAAUUGUUGUCGGCUCCAGGUUGAUUGACUUGGAGUUUCAGCGGUUAAUUGAUAUUCGGCUCAAGGCUCAUCCAGAAGAACAGUCGAAGCUUCCGCUCAACAAGCUUUUAUCACUAUCGCAGAGUUGUCAAUAUCGAACGGUGAAGCACAGGUUUGGAGAGCCAGUUUAUGACAGAAAUUACAAGAUUGAGGUUCCCGGCUUAGACCCAAACAUUCGCAGUGAGGGUCUAAACAUAGAGGGUGGCGCUAUGAAGUUCACGAAGGAGGAGUUUCAGGGGCUAUUCGAUGACCAAGUCGCCAUAAUACUGCGUACAUUAGAUGAAGUUGUGGGCAAGUUCCAGGAGACGGUGCAAUACAUCAUCCUUUCAGGGGGCUUGGGUAGCUCCACCUACGUUUUUAACAAAGUCAAAGAGCACACCGACCGUUCGACUACAAGGGCUUUGCGCAAAGGAGAAACCCAACUCCCAAGGAUUGACGAUCCACAGCUUGUUGUUGUCCGGGGUUUAUUGCUUGAGCAAGCACAAGGAAUUCUUCGAAAACGCAUUGUACGAGCUAGCUAUGGUCUGAUCACCUCUCUGCCAUAUUCCAAAAAAAAGCACUUCGGUGAGGUCAAGCGUACCGAUGAGUUAAACCGCAAGGACUAUGUUCUUGAUCAGAUUCGUUGGAUACUCAAGAGAGAUACCAUCAUCGACCACGGAAAACAAUUCGAGGUUGAAGUUGAACGACGUGAAGACCUGGAUCACCCUCUCCAGUGGAAAGACAUCAUCGUGGUUUCGCGAAUUGAAGCUCGCUGGCUGCCCCCGAGCAUGCCAACCUCGAUGGCCGAAGCGUUGUAUGAGAUAGAGGUUGACCUGAACAAAGUUCGAGGGUCAAUCCUCAAGAAAACGCGGUCCUGGCCUCUUCCAAUAACGAAAUACUACGUGUGCCAGUACAAGAUUCGGUUGUCAGUCGAGCCUUCAGGGAACAUGCAAUUUCAAGUUGAAUACCAAGGCAAUAUUGUUCCUGGGAAUCAUACGCUUCUUCGAAGUAAAAUAGAGGUUUGUCACGACUAUACUCUCCGCCCUGUCCUCGCUCUGCUAACAAUGUAUUUCCAGUCCGAAUGGGUCGUAGAAUCAUAAGUAAACCAAUGAAAGACGCACUAACAGCGAGACUCGGUGUGAUGAUGCCUGUCAUGGGAUGAUAUCCG